AUGGCGUCCUCUUCUGCGGAUAGCCCUGAGGUUAUCGAGCUGGGUGACUUGGCCAGCAUCGGGGCCUUUGGGGAGAAGGGCGAGUCUGUCAUUGAGUACCCACGGAUCUCUUCGUCAUCUACCAGGCGAGGGAGUGGCGCUGCUACCUCUGGUCCAGGUCUAAGGAGAUCCCAACCUGACUUGAUUGACGUUCAUCAGACUCCUCCUAUUCCAGAGGAGGGCAACCAACAAGGUGGGGGAUUCACGGAUCUGCUAGCUAGGAACUGGCAGUCGGCGACUGGCUGGGUAUGGCAAUCACCAACAGUGAAUACGACCGAGACUGGAGGGAGGCUUAUAGAUGGUGGUGGUGCCGAGCGCUCUAUUAUGAAUAUGGAGCCACCGCCUUCUGUGGGUGAACAGUCUAGCUCCCAUCACGGUCUAGACAUUGGAGCAACAUCGCAUUCAUUGAGCCCUCCUGUCGUAAUGGAUCGGAAGCGGCGGGUAUCCACCGCAAGCUCGCGCCAGGAGGCUGGCCGCGUCUUGAGGGACGACUUCUUGGCGAGCGUAGAAGUGGUGCCUCCCACGCUGAUUGACGUGGGAGAAGCUGCACCAGCGAAGGAAGUCUCUGAGAAUCGCGAAGGGAUAAUGGGAGGUAUCAUGGACUGGUGGGCUCGCGAGGAGAAGGAUAAACCCACCUCUGAUGAUCACGAUGAUGACUCCCAGUCAAAGUUGAAUGCAGAGGAGGUCGCUGCUGAGGAGGAGGAUGUGGAUCCGCCCGACCCACACAACACGGCGUCCGGCCAGUGA